UUUUUUUUUUUUUUUUUUUUUUUUUUUUUUAAAGAAGAAAACAUAAUAAACUUAGUUUCUGUACAAGCAUCCGUGUUAGGAGGCUUCUGAUUUUCUGGUCUGGUUGGAGGGCUGGGUGGGAACUUGGGCAAUCAUAUUUCCCUCUUUCAAAGACCCCAAUCCCAGAUCUCUAAUGGAAGAUUGUGUACCUUUGAGGCAGAACUCUCCCCUCUCUCACCCAAGAAAAGGGAAGAUUGGCAAAUCUGACCUGGUAGAGUACUUUCUGAAGUGUUUUAAAUCACCCAGGCAUACUCAUUUCCUGACUUAGUCUUUCCCUUAGCUCCUCCAAUGCCUUAGCCUUCCCUUUUAGCCCUCUUGCUCAGGUGCUUCUUCACACUUUUCAGAAGGCAGGGAUCCUACUCCAUUUGUUUCAUCCCAUGGCCCUCUGCUCUCCAUCUAGCAAAACUGGUUUGAAUUGGCCACACCCCUUCCCAGCUCCCUGGGCUCUUCACAUGGUGGCCGGCUAUACAACUCUACCUUGGCUUGGCACCUGAGUCAGCUUCAUCUCCACCCAAGCCAAAUUAAACCUGAGACAGGAGCUGAAACUCACAAUCCCUCAGAGCCUAUAGGCAGGUGAUGGAGGACGAGGAGAAGGCAGUUGAGAGCUUGGUGGGCAACACGGAAGCUGCUCAUUCUCCAUCUCCUAUCCGCUGCUGCUGGCUCCGCCUCCGCUACUGGGCAGCUACUAGCAUUAUCUGUGGCUGUUCUUGCCUGGGAGUCAUGGCUCUUGUGUUUGCCAUCAAGGCGGAAGAGCGACAUAAGGCAGGCCGAUCCAAGGAGGCAGUGUACUGGGGGGCCCGGGCCCAGAGACUCAUUCUGACCAGUUUUGCUGUCUGGAUUGCUGUCCUUACUCUGGCUCCCCUGCUUCUGUGGCUGCUCUCCUACACCAUCGCACAAGCUGAGUGACUCUGGAUGGUCUCUGCUGAGAGUCGGGACCUUCUGGAUCCAAUCCAACAGUGCUACAGUGCUCAGUUCUGGUGACAGCACUGGCCCUUGUCUGGAAGUGUGUUGCCUUUCUCAAGGGCCUUUGGAAGCGCUCACCUAGCCUUUUUAAAAAAGCACCUGAAACUGAGGGGAGGUCAGGCUACUCUGUUCUUUAAUUGUCCUCUACUUUCUGUCUCCCACCUAGGGGCUUCCAUUCAGAGGAAGGAUUGAAGACCAGGCUUGAUUUUAUUAGAAUUUGUUUUGUAAUAAAAGCCUUUUUUGGUGAUGAAA